GUUCCGUUAGCCGUCUCGCUUACCCGGAAGUCGCGACAUUGCAGGUGUCAGUGACUGUUCUGCAUCUGGCUGUGAAUUAAAUGUCUCCCAUGUCAACGUUAGCCUCAACAGCCUGCACACCUGGAUGUAACGCCAAGGUUAACGCUAAUCCUUCAAAUGCAGUGACACAUCAGCAUCAUGUCGGGGAACAACUUGGUUCUACCCAUAGUGCUCUGGGGUCGCACGGCACCCACCCACUGCAUCAGCAGUCUGCUGGUGAUGGACGACUUCAACACCAUCAUCACCGGCUGCCAUGACGGACAGAUCUGCCUGUGGGACAUGACACCUGAGCUGGAGAUUUGUCCCAGGGCCAUGUUGUUUGGCCAUACAGCCUCUAUUACCUGUCUGUCUAAAGCCAGCACGUGCAGCGACAAGCAGUACAUUGUCAGCGCAUCAGAGAGCGGAGAGAUGUGUUUAUGGGAUGUGAACGACGGACGCUGUAUUGAGUUCACCAAGCUGGCCUGUGCUCACAUCGGCAUUCAGUUCUAUCAGUUCACCAUCGGCACUGAGAGGGAGGGACGUCUGCUUUGCAACGGCCACUACCCAGAAAUCCUUGUGGUGGACGCCACCAGCUUGGAGGUGCUCUACUCGCUGGUGUCCAAGAUCUCUCCGGACUGGAUCAGCUCCAUGAGCAUCAUCCGGUCCCACCGAACACAAGAGGACACAGUGGUGGCUGUGUCAGUGACGGGCAUUUUGAAAGUCUGGAUCAUCACAGCUGAGGUCAGCAGGAUGCAGGACAUGGACCCAGUUUUUGAAGAAGAGUCCAAACCCAUCUACUGUCAGGGCUGUCAGAGUAUCUCCUUCUGUACCUUCACUCAGAGCAGCUUGCUGGUUGUCUGCUCCAAGUACUGGAGGGUGUUUGAUGCAGGCGACUACUCGCUGCUCUGCUCGGUGUCCAGUGACAACGACCAGGCCUGGACCGGAGGAGAGUUCAUCGCCGCGGACAAAGUCAUCAUCUGGACCGAAGACGGCUGCAGUUACAUCUACAAGCUGCCCGCCAGCUGCCUGCCUGCUAGUGAACAUUUCCGCAGUGAUGUUGGAAAAACCAAAGAAGGCUCAAUCCCUCCGCUGGUCUACAGCAUUGCAGACCGCUCGGACAAACAGCUCCUGAUCUGUCCCCCCGUGACUCACUUCUUCUUCGGCCGACGGGAGCCCUUCCAUAAACUGCUGAUCCAGGGAGACUCGGCGGGAAGACUUUCCCUGUGGAGCAUCCCCGACACCUCGCCUCUGCAGCCGCUGUCCACUGCCGCAGAGCUGCAGGUGUCGUCCACCGUCAGUCUCCAGGAGGCGUUCGACAAGUUGACCCCGGUGUCCGCAGGGAUCAUCGACCAGCUCAGUGCUCUGCCCGGAAAAGAAGGACCCAUCAAGGUGACGGCCAGCGUUUACAUCCCCUCUCAGGGUCGCCUGGUGUGUGGGAGAGAAGACGGCAGCAUCAUCCUAGUUCCUGCCACUCAGACCGCCAUCGUCCAGCUGCUGCAGGGGGAGCACAUGCUCCGGAGAGGAUGGCCCCCCCAUCGGACCCUGCGCGGUCACCGGAACAAGGUGACGUGCGUCCUGUACCCGUACCAGAUCUCCCCGCGCUACGACCAGCGCUCGCUGGUGUCCGGAGGGGUGGAUUUCUCCGUCAUCGUCUGGGACAUUUUCACCGGAGAGAUGAAGCACAUUUUUUGCGUCCACGGGGGGGAGAUCACCCAGCUCAUCGUCCCGCCCGAGAACUGCAGUACCCGGGUGCAGCACUGUGUCUGCUCGGUGGCCAGCGACCAUUCUGUCGGCCUGCUCAGCCUCAGGGAGAGGAAGUGCAUCAUGUUGGCGUCUCGACACCUCUUCCCUAUCCAGGUCAUCAAGUGGCGCCCGGCCGACGACUACCUGGUGGUGGGCUGCUCCGACGGCUCCGUCUACGUCUGGCAGAUGGAUACAGGAGCCCUGGACCGCUGCGUGAUGGGCAUGACGGCGAUAGAGAUCCUGAACGCCUGUGACGAACUCGCCCCGGCCACCGUGGACGCCUUGAGCCACUCUGCCGUGAACCUGAAGCAGGCGAUGACUCGCCGUAGCCUGGCCGCGCUGAAGAACAUGGCCCAGCACAAGCUGCAGACGCUCGCCACCAACCUGCUGGCUGCAGACAACGCCGACAAGGGCAACCUGCCAAAAUACUCCCACAAUGCCCUGGUGGUCCAGGCGAUGAAGACCAACCUGACGGACCCCGACAUGCACGUGCUGUUCUUCGACGUGGAGGCUGUGAUCAUUCAGCUGCUGACGGAGGAAGCCCAGAGACCCAACCCCACGCUGGUCUCUCCGGAGAUGCUGCAGAAGAGCCAGGCCGGGGCCGACAAGGGGGGCUCCUUCCUGGCCAACAAGAUAUUCAAACAGGUGAAGGAGACGAUGAAGGAGACCAUCAAGGAGCACCUGUUGGACGAGGACGAGGAGGAGGAGGAGGAGAUGAGGAGGCGGGAGGAGAAGUCCAAGUCUCUGAGUCUGCUGGAGUACAACCUGACGAUGGACACGGCCAAGCUCUUCAUGUCCUGCCUGCACGCCUGGGGCCUCAACGAGCAGCUGGACGGCAUCUGCCUGGAGCGACUGGGCAUGCUCAGACCGCACUGCCCCAUCUCCUUCGGCCUGAUCUCUAGAGGAGGUCACAUGUCUCUCAUGCUGCCCACCUUCAAGGAGUCUUUGCUGCGUCAGUUGUCCCUGGCGACUGGUCUGAAGCUGACCCUGACGGACAUCGUGGGGAAAGGGACGUACGGCGUGUCGAGGGCCGUCACCACACAGCACCUGCUGUCUGUAAUUUCACUGGCCAACACCCUGAUGGGCAUGACCAACGCCACCUUCGUAGGAGAGCACAUGAAGAAAGCACCAGUCAGGCCUCCCAGACCAGGAGGAACCCCGGAGAGUCCACGCAGGACGCUGGCCGCCCCCCCUCAGCCCUCCAACCCGGCGCUACAGGCCCAGAUCAAACAAGGUUGGAGCCAGCUGGCAGCCAUGCACUGCGUGAUGCUCCCUGACCUCCUUGGCCUGGACAAGUUCAGACCUCCUCUGCUGGAGAUGUUGGCGAGGAGAUGGCAGGACCGCUGUCUGGAGGUGCGAGAAGCGGCACAAGCUCUCCUACUGGCUGAGUUAAGGAGGAUUGGUCAAUCUGGACGUAAGGACACCAUCGACCUGUGGGCUCCCUACCUACCUCAGUAUGUGGACACCGUCAGCUCCCCCGGUUCGGCCACUGAGCCCUCCCCUCCGGCCCCGCCUCCUCCCGAGGUCCAGCCAAUAGAAGCCAAGGUUCCAGAGGAGGAAAUUGACGUCACUGAUGAUGACAUCACAGCAGGCUGUCUCUCCAACCUUCCGCCGAACGCCAAGAAGAUCUCCAACUCAUACGAGGAGCGUCGCAAACAGGCAACUGCCAUCGUGCUGCUGGGGGUCAUCGGGGCCGAGUUCGGCGCUGAGAUUGAACCUUCAAAGGGUUUGGCACGGGCUCGAGCCGGCGGACAGGUGCCUGAGGGCUUCGGACUGACGAGCGGAGGGUCAUCCAACUACUCACUGGCCAGACACACGUGUAAGGCGCUGACCUUCCUGCUGCUGCAGCCCCCCAGUCCCAAGCUGCCUCCCCACAGCACCAUCCGCCGCACCGCCAUCGACCUGAUUGGCCGAGGCUUCACCGUGUGGGAGCCGUACAUGGACGUGUCGGCGGUGCUCAUGGGGCUGCUGGAGCUCUGCGCUGACGCCGAGAAGCAGCUGGCAAAUAUCACCAUGGGUUUGCCCCUCAACCCGCCGGCUGAUUCCGCUCGCUCGGCCCGCCAUGCCCUCUCUCUCAUCGCUACCGCUCGACCGCCAGCCUUCAUCACUACUAUUGCAAGAGAGGUUCAUCGGUACAAUGCAGCUCAGGCCAACUCUCAGUCGCAGCAGAACGUUCACACCACCACUCUGGCCAGAGCCAAGACUGAGAUACUGCGAGUGAUUGACAUCCUGAUCGAGAAGAUGCCCGGAGAUGUUGUGGAUCUGCUGGUCGAGGUGAUGGAUAUCAUCAUGUACUGCAUUGAAGGGUCUCUGGUGAAGAAGAAAGGACUGCAGGAGUGUUUCCCUGCUAUUUGCAAGUUCUACAUGGUUGGUUAUUGUGACCGUAGUCACCGCAUCGCUGUUGGAGCUCGCCAGGGUUCAGUGGCCCUCUAUGAUGUUCGUACUGGAAAAUGCCAGAACAUCCACGGUCAUAAGGGUCCGAUCACAGCGGUGUCGUUCGCCCCUGAUGGCCGUUACCUGGCAACGUACUCCAACGCUGACAGCCACAUCUCCUUCUGGCAGAUGAACACCAGUCUUCUGGGCAGCAUCGGGAUGUUGAACUCGGCCCCUCAGCUCCGCUGCAUUAAGACCUACCAGGUCCCUCCGGUGCAGCCGGCAUCCCCAGGAUCCCAAAACCACCUGAAGCUAGCCCGCCUCAUCUGGACCUCCAACCGCAACGUCAUCCUGAUGGCCCACGACGGCAAGGAGCACCGCUUCAUGGUCUAAAACAUAUCUGUAUCUCCAGCCGAGACCUCGUGGGUUGUCUGUUAAUAGGGUCUAAAAUGUUGUCGCAUGGAUUCACUUUAGUUUAAUUUGAAGUAUGUAAACCUGAGCUGCAGAGUCCAACAAUUGAUAGUGUCUCAAAAUAAGUGAAGCUGAUCAUUAAGGGUUGGGUUUUUAUUAAAGGGUUGUCCUAAAUAAUGACACAAAUGAAAAAUCCCAAAGCAUCAAGCUGCAGCUUGGCAAGUAAAGAAAAAGCCCAGCUCAGGUCCAGGUUUGAAUCAUUGUGUAAUUUAUUGAAAAGCUGUGAUAGAAGGCUUGUUUACAUUAUGUAUUUUUUAGUUAACACUUUCUUGUCAUUCCUAUUUAUUUGCUGUUUUUGCCAGAUGUCACAGAUCUGUUCUGUCGCCGUCUUGGGCCCCAACUGUUGCUUUUAUUUAAAGUCGGCCUUUAGCUUGCUGCCAUUUCGUUUCCCUACUUACAUUUUAAGUUUUAUUUUAGUGCUAAAUAAAAUCAUCUUAUGGCUAAAUGUUUGGAAAAUGUACUUUGCAGAAACACUGAUUGGAGUAUGGAUUCAACAUAGGGACUCAAAAGGAAUCAAUCUUCUCUCCAUCUUCUGUUUUUUAUGUAAAAGUUUAUUUGGGAGUCAAAAACUGGAAUGAAUUAUUUCUAGUAGACUGCUGAAAAUAUGGAAACAAAUCUCUCCACUGCUCUCUAGAAUGAUUUGGUACACACAUUUCAGACUGCACGUUUGCUUGCGUGUGAGUUCCUUGGUGUUUGCUUUUACUUUUGGGACACCUUCAAAUCCUUUCCACCUUCUCAGAGCUUCACGCAGAAAUGUGUGUGAUUGUGUUCACACCCAAGUGUAUUUUCACAAACACACAUUCUCACUUCAGACUGCUCUUCUUAAAAAGAGGAUCACAGUAAACGUUUGGAUACUGGAGGGUCCCUAUUCAGUUACAUUUUUGAGUUAAAUUGCUAUUGCUCCUCGGUACUCGUUAGUACCUGGUGCCAUGGUAAUAUAUUUAGUCAAUUAUUCAUCCAAGUUUGUCAGUUUCGUAAAGAAUUCUUCCUUUCCUCGUUUUCCCUUUUGCGUUGCUGUAUACCACAUCAGCUUUGUUCAGCCUCGUAUACCCCUUUACACCUUGCAUUAAUUAAUUAUGAAUUGAUUGUGUGUUUGUUUGCAGAUGACAAAGCUUUAUUUUUCACUGAUAUAUGUGAAGACUUCUCUUCGUCCUUUGCAGCUUUCCUCUUUUAUUCAUCCUGCUCCCAAUGUGUACAGGAUAUAUAUAUAUAUCAUCAGAACUGCUGCGUAAUGUAGUCUGUUAAUCUUGUACAGUGAGCGUAGAUCCUGUUUGGUGUAUUUGUUGUGGCUAACGUGACUGUCUGCCUGGCACUGACUAGUUCUUUAAAUGAGUGAAUGUCCUGUUUAAGUCGAUUGAAAACUUUAUAUUCAGAAAUAUAUAUAUAACACAGUAUUCCAUUUACAUCUUUAGGUGUUUGAUGAAGAUCUUGACUGUCAUUUUAUUUGGAGUAACAGUAGGUUAUAAAUGGGACACGUUUGCAGUUUAAUAUUUCUUAUUUUCCUUUUGAAAGAAAGCUGCAUCUGUUCUCUUAAAUGUUGCUAACAUUACUUAUAAGUAACACGAGAUAAGACAAAUAGGUAUUUAUCCUUGAACUAACCAUAUCUAUCACUUCUUAUACAGUUUUAGCAGCUUAAUCUUUUUACAGAAAAGCUGAAAAUCUUGCUUUUGCUGGCCUACAGUGGUUUAUGCUCUUACCUUGCUUCAGUGAUGUAGAAGUGUACUCCACUGUGUUUCAGUACACCACGACUUUACAGUUUGGUGUCAGUAUUUUUAAUUCUGUCUUUAUAGUUUUCUGAACUGAGUUUUUAUGGCUGUUGACACGUUUUUGCACACUAUACCUUAACCGUUGUUAAGGACCUUUUGAAAAAAAUAAAAUAAAAAUAGUUUUCACUGUUUUAGCAACCUGUUCACACUCCCUAUUCGUCAAAUACUGAAGCUUGCUCAGUUCCCCUAAUCGUCUGAUACCGACCUUUUAGCUGCUGUGUGCUUUCAACUAACUCCAAUGUAAACCCACUGUGUCAUUAUUAGACGUUCAGAGCAAAUUAAGUAUUAUAAACAGCGAGAACGUCUGCUUUGGUUCAUGGUGGAAGGUCAAACAAACACCCAUGAGACUGCAGUUCAUGUCCUUAGUGUAACCAAGUUGACUUAUUUUACCAUACUAUUGUAAUGUUACAUAUGUAUUUGACUCACACAGCGUAUGCACGUUAAGUCAAUUUUACUUAUUUUAACCCAAACCACAAUGUUUUCCCGAACAUAAGCACGUAGUUUUGUUGGGUAAGUUAACCUAAAAACAAAUUCUUGUGGAAACGAAACAAGAGGAAACUGUAUGUUUCCUGUGAACACCGAAGUUAAUUUUGAAAAGACACUAUGCAUGUAGCGAGUGGAUACUGACGCGUUGUCAGUAUGCGUGUCACAAGCUGAUGCUGACACUCGUUACUUGCCACGUCCAAAACUGAAGCUAGGGGGGAAUAUAGAGUGUAUUAGUUUGAAGCGUUAGGCCACUGACCAAGCCCCGGUAUGUGACGAGAUGGGAGUGAGAAGCUGUUGGUAUUAGUGCUCAGAGUUUUAAACAGAAAGAGAAAUAUAUACAUAUACAGACAUUAUAUUUAUAGAGUUACCAUUUUCUGUCAGAAUCCGACUGAAUUUAGAUUUAGAUUUUUUCUACUCUUGGUACAUGAAUUUGGCAAGACCCUUUACUAUCUUUAAUUCUAUAUUUUCCACUCUGCCUCCUCCUCUUCUCUGUCCUCCCUCCUGUCCUUCCUCCAUCUCCUGUCAGUUUCAUUAGUGCUGUCAGAAAGCUUCUAACACCGUUACACACCUGUAAACCCGAGUGUGUCAAAGCUUUUCACAAGUUCUUCCUCUCUUUAAAAAAAAAAAUCAAAAAAUCCAGCAGCUCGUCAGACGGCGUGCUGAAAACACUCUCACACACACACACCCGCGUCAAGUCCAGCAGGUCCAGACAGCUUUGAGAUCUUAAUCUUUGGUUUUCUCUGCCACUCUUAACAGUUUGAGAAAAUAUGUUUUUGGCAGCCUCCCUAGGGAGGAAAGGUGAGAAAAAUAAAGAAGGCAGAGAGGAAGAGUGCAAGAGUAAGUAACAAGUGAGGAAAAUCAGGGCAUCCAGCCAGAAAAAAAGAGGUUCUUUGGUGGAGGUAGUGAACCGGAAUGUCUAAGAGAACGGUGUGGUUUUUCUGCAAAUGCAGCAACAUGGAACAAAAAUAAGACAUGUGGUGCAAUUAUUGAAAAUGUCUCCAAACACUGCAAAUUAAUUCAUUAAAUUGAUCUUUACAGCAACAAGUGGUGCUGUUCUGUGACUUAGAUAUACAAAUGAUAAAUAUGACAGGUGCAGUCCUAGAUAUUUUGGUCCCUCUUGUUUCUCUGAUUAUGUUAUUACUCCAAUUAUCUUAUUCCAAAUAACAAAGGAUUUACCUCAGUUUUAAAUAUGUUUUAUGGGCAAUGACCAGUCUAUGUUCUAAAAAGUAAAUUGUCGGCUUAACUUAGUUUGCAACAUUCAAACAUUUAGUUCUGAAUUGAACAUUAAUUUUGUUUUGAUUAUUUAUUGUUCAUGCAUUAAACUCAGUCUUGAUAUUAAAGUGCGUGUGUGCGUGUGUGUGUGUGUGUGUGUGUGUGUGUGCGUGAUGUAGUGCAUGUAUAUGAGCUUCCCUUGAUGUACCACAGAGCAGGUUGAAUCUACAUAUAAACAACACGUGUCGUGUUAAUAUGUGUGUCAUUGACUUUGUGUUCAA